GACAACGAGUCCGCGCCCCGUGCUCAGCUGCUGCUCGGGCGGGACCCAGGCUGGACCGCGGGCCCCGGCCUGGGGGCCACAGCUGCCACCGCCGCCGCCACCUCAUCUCCUCCCCGUCCCUGUCCCGCCUCGCGUCUUCCCGCUGCACUCGGGCCGGAGGCCGGGGUCCCUUCCCCGCCGCACCACCCUGCGCGGAUGCCGAAGGUGAAGGCGCUGCAAUGCGCUCUGGCGCUGGAGAUCCGCUCUGUCACUUGUCCAGGAGUGGUGCUGAAAGACAAGGAGGACAUCUAUCUUAGUGUCUGCGUGUUUGGCCAAUACAAGAAGACACAAUGUGUCCCAGCCACGUUUCCACUGGUCUUCAAUGCCAGGAUGGUGUUUGAAAAGGUGUUCCCCGAAGCAGUAGACCCUGGAGAUGUGGUUGCCCAGCUCGAGUAUGAUACAGCAGUGUUCGAGUUGAUACAGCUAGUUCCACCAGUGGGAGAAACACUGUCUACCUAUGAUGAAAAUACACGAGAUUUCAUGUUCCCGGGUCCAAACCAAAUUUCUGGACACCAUGAUUCAAACCGCCAGGUUACUAUGAGGAGGAUUUCUGGACUAAGAGGAAUUGCUCCAAAGCUGGAAUUUUCUACAACUUCAGUGAUCACGGAAUGUUUGAUAAGCUCAAGGAAGUGCCGCACUCAGGAUAAAUUUAAUUACCAUUCAGCUCCAGUUGAAAAAUCCCACGGCAGACCGCAAUGCAGAACAUCGAGAUCACAGAAGAAGAAGUCCAAGUCACCCGAGAGGAGUAAAUACUGCGUAAACACCAAGAACUACGAACAGCCUACAAUAUCAUCAAAGUCACACUCUCCUUCUCCCUACACAAAGAGACGGAUGUGUGAGCUCUCCGAAGACACCAGGCGGCGGCUGGCCCAUUUAAAUCUGGGACCCUAUGAAUUCAAAAAGGAAACAGAUAAGCCUCCAUUUGUGAUUAGACAUGUUGAUCCCCCAAGUCCCAGGGCUGAUUCUUUAUUUGGACCACCUGGCAGAGACUGUGAAAGAGAUGGAUGGGCCAGGAUGCACAAUGAUCACCAUCACUUUGGCUGCUGCAGAUCCAAGGAUUAUAAGGUUAUCAGGACACCACAUGGGAGAGACUUUGAGGAUCCCUUCGAAAGGUGUGAGGAAUAUCUGAGCCCAAGGCCAUGUACCAAGCCCCAGCAUUCUGCAAGGACCUUACUAGUCCAUUCAGCACCCUCAACAGCACCAAAGCAUUGUCAAAGCCCUGUGCUAAAUAGAGGCUCUCUCAGGGAAAGGUUCCACUCUGACUGGUGUUCACCUUCAAACUGCGAUGAGAUCCACGACCGGGUCAAGGACGUCCUGAAAUCCCAUCAGGCUCACGCAAGGCAUAUCUGCGAUGAGAGAGACCCAGAGAAAGAAGAAGAACUGGAACUGAAAAGAGGCCUUUUAUAUAGAGACUCUGCCUAUGACAGUGACCCUGAAUAUAGGUAUGUGUGUCUGUAUGGAUAUGUGGAUGUGAGUGCAGAUGCCUGUGGAGCUUGGAGACAAGGGAUCUCCCUGGAGCUGGAGUUACAGAGGCUGUGAGCCACUGUUGGUGCUGAGAACUGAUUAAACUUGAGUCCUCUGAGAGAGAGUAGCACUCUUAACCACUGAGUCAUCUCUCCAGCCCAGUUACUUUUUUUUUUUUGUUACUGAAGCUUUUUGAUAAUAAAAACAAAAACAAAAAAACCAACACAAACCAGGCAGUGGUGUCACAUUCCUUUAACCCCAGCUCUCCAGAGGCAGAGGCAGAGCCUGGUGGAUCUUUGUGAGUUCAAGGCCAACCUGGUCUAUAAGAGCUAGUUCCAGGACCCAGGACAGCUAGGACUGUAACACAGGAAAUCCCAUCUCAAAAAACAGCACACACACACACACACACACACACACACAUAAAAGGUAGGGGGAUGCUUAGUAAAGUGCUUGUAGAGCAAGCGUGAGGACCCGAGCUUCCACGUCCCAGCACCCAUGCUCUGGGUGGAAAACAGAAACAUUGGUGCAGUUGUGUUUGUUUAUCCAGCACUGUGGAAGCAGACAGAGGAUCCCUGGGGCUUGUUGACCAGGGAGUGUGACUGAAUUGGCGAACUCCAGAUUGUGUGAGACCCUGUCUCAAAAAAUAAGGUGUAGAAUAACUGAGAAAGACAGCAAAUAUUGACUUCCUCCUCUAUGUACACAUGCACGUGUGUGUGCAUGUGUGUGCACCCCCCCCCACAUAAACAGCCAGCUCACAAUGAUGUGUUUCCCCCUGUUUAGAAUUUAUUUGACUGCCCAGCAAAUUAAUAUGUUUUAUGACACAUUUAUUCUAAACUAAAAGUACUUUCCAUAAUUAGAUAAGUAAAUCUUUUCAAAUAAUGUAAGAAAAAAUCUGUUCUUCUAAAAUUUCAGGGACAUUAAUAAAAUAUUUUUGAAAGCUUAUGCUAGCAGAUUUCAUUUGAAAAUUCUAUUCUAAUGACCAUGAGAUUUGAAUUAAAGACUGUGAAUCAUGGGUAGUUACAGCCAUUCUGCUAUACCAUGGAGUACUGUGUUAGUUUUUCACCAAGAAAGUUCUUAGAGACUUAUAUAGAUGCUCCAUGAAGCGGAAUUUAUUUUUUUUUCUAGCAGAGUUUUCACAAAAAUGGUCACCUUGGCUGGAACCUCUAUGGCCAUGUGGGGGCCUAGCAUGAGUGUGAGUCUCUGCCUCCCAAUCAGGAGGCAGCUUGGGCCUCUUAUGAAAGUGGGUUGACUAUUAUAGAUGAAUUUGAAAAAGAAACAGUGAAAAAAAGAAAAAGGUUCAGAGAGCACACAAUUUAUGCAAAGUUCUUUUCUCUUCUUUGUUAUUCUUUCUUAAAAAGUCUCUUCCCUAGAUUGUUGUACCAACUAGUGUUUUGCAAACUUGUUACACACUAGAGUUACCCAAGAGGAGGGAACCUCAAUUGAGAAGAUGCCUCUGUAAGAUUAGCCUGUAGGCAAGCCUGUGGGAUGUUUUCUUAAUUAGUGAUCGAUGAGGGAGCACCCAGCAUACUCUUUGUGAGAGGUGCUGCUCCUGGGCUGAUGGUCCUGGUGUGUAUGAAAAACAAAAAGUCUGAGCAAGCCAGUAAGCAGCACUCCUCUGCUUCAUUCAGCUCCUGCCCCCAGGACCCUUCCCUGUUGAGUUUCUGCCCUGCCUUCCAUCACUGAUGGAUUGUUGCUGGGAGUGUAAAAUGAAAUAAACCCUUUCCUCUGCAGUGUGUUUCAGUUAUGGUCAUUACCACAGCAAUAGAAACCCUAUCAGUUUAGGGGGAUAAAUCAAUAUGAGAGAUCAGUUUGAUACUAGAAAGGGUCUGAUCUUUUUAAACAAUUAAUCAUUGCCUGUGUUGUUUCUUCGAAAUUUCCACCUGAUUUCUGUUUCUACAGAUUUCCACCUGAUAACUCCAAAGGUUGUGGUUUCUAAAUGGAGAUGAAACCCAAAAUGUGCAUUAAUAAAUGCCCUGGAUGGCUCUAAUACAGGGAUAGUGAAGACAACACUUUGACAAACACUGCUCUUGACUUGACUUGAGGUUCACCACUGUGAUUCCUUUUCUUGUUCAUUAGUGUUAAUGAUUAACACUGUGUUAAUCCACUGUUGUGCUAACCCUUGGAAGCUUUAAAUAAGAGAGUUGAGCAGCUACUGAAGAAGCUCUGUGCUCAUUUUUGGUCCUUUUACAGUACUCAGCAUUUAUGGACGUCUUUGGACCAGCAGGAUGGGAUGGGCAGGCCUUUAGAAUUAGUUAAAGGAUAGUUUUGAACAUUUUGCCCUGGAAGCUUCUCGUCAAAUGACCAGGGUGUUGUUUUAAUUUUAUUUCCAAUUCAUGUGCUUCCUGUUAAGUGGGAUUGAGAGGCAGGUACCUUCUCACAGCAAGUCAUGACCUGUAGAGAGGGCAGACUGGAUGUAGCCAGACAGCGCUUCAAAGCUCACCCUGGCUGGCAUACUUCCUCCAGUCAGCCUGCACUAUCCAAAUCUCCCCAAACAGCACACCAGCUGGAGACCAAGUAUUCAGUGUUGUAUGGUGGACACUUCUCAUUCAAACCACACGCUCCUUAAAAUUACUAUCGUUUCCUUAAUGUAUCCAUCUUCAGAGCUCCAUUUUAUAUAAAUGUAUUAUAUGUGUAUGUGUGUAUAUAAUUAUGUUUAUUUUAUCUGAAGCCUGUUCAUGAGAACCCAGUCAUUAGCUACUCGCCUGACCUUCAUUUGAACUGCCAACACACACACACACACACACACACACACACACACACACUACCUUCCAGGCCUCAAAUGGUUUGCAUCCUUUUUCUAAAUUAAUUACCAUUAAUUUCUUUUUGUUUCCUAAUCCAUUCUAACUUACCUAAAAUAUUCCUCCUUUAUGUGUAUAUUAUAGACUUUAAUAAAACAUGUGUAUAAAUUUAUACUUUAUACAUUAAUAGAAUUUGAAGCUGAUUGGUUCACUUAAUUACCUCUGUUCUAAUUGUCUUUUUUCUGCAUAGCAAUGUCACAGUUCAAUAAAGAGCUUUCUAUUCAAGUAAAUAGUCAUAAGUUUUUGGAAAUAUUGCUAAAUUUAAAACUACAACAUUAUUCCUGCUUUAAAGCUAGCUGAUAAAAUAUUUUGUAACAUGUAAUAGGAAUUUAUUAAAUGAUUGGUGAACAAGUGCUGAAAAUAUUGUUAAAAUGAGAAGUGAAAUUGGUUUAGAAAGCUCAUUUUUACUUUAUGAAUUUUUAAUGCUAUACCUACAUUCGAAAUUUAGUAAUACACAGCAAUUAAAAAAAUAAUCCAGCUCUUCACAAUUUAUUAGAGAUUCCAGAAUGCCUUCGAAGUAAACAAUACUGUGUUUAGGAUUCUAAUGUUCGUAUUUGUACCUCUCUAUAGACUUUAUAUUAGGACUCAUUGUGCUCAGAUCUGUAUUUUACAAUUCAGACUUUUUACUGUUCCUCUGUUGUAAAUUUUUGGGAAUUCAUACAUACAUAUAAUGUAUCUUGAACAAAUGCACUCUCAUUUCCCUUCCUUCCCUCCCAUUCCCUAUCUUCAUCACCACUUUUUCUUCCCAACAUUAUAUACUCUGUUUUCUAAAUCCACCAAGUGAUUAAUUUGUGUGUUCAGGGGUGUGGGGCGUCUACUGCAACAUUUUUAGCCUUUGGGGCCAUACCCUGAAGACAACCUACUCCCCUCUCCAGCACUCACAAACUGCCAGUAGCUCUUCAGCUAUGGGUGGGACUCCAUGAGGACCUGAGGAAGAAGUGUGAAAUAGAUGUCCUAUUUAGAGCUAAGCACGCCACAGUCUCUUAUGUUCUGGGUGCUGACCAGUUACGGAGGUCUGUAUUCAUCUCCGUCUCCUGCAAUAAAUGAACCAUCAGAGAACGGGUUUCUCUUCUCUAGUCAGCUGACAUAGAUUUGCUGAUAUCCUAAGUCUUACUAUCUUGUUAUGUGGGCAUCCAAGAGCAAAGGCCUAGGUUGUUCUCGGUGCCUCCGGGGCCUUUGUAACUUGUAGGGAGAUGCUUGGCACUGAAAUUUUCCUUUAAUAAUUCAUGCAAUUUUUCUUUAAACUCAUACAUAUAUUAUAUACAAAUAAUAUAAUACUUAUAUAUAAAUACAUAUUUUUAUAAGUGGGGUGGGUUUCUUGACCCAAUUUUCUAUCUCUAAGUCACUGGGAUUACAGUCAUGAACCACUAGGCCUGGUUUCACUACCUAUUAAUUUCUACAUCUACCUACUUCUAAGUCUGUGAGCUUGCUGAUAAGCAUAAAAAAAGUACUUAACUCAGUGUAUCGCAAACACUUCUUUGUUCCCAGUAAAUACUGUACCAUGUACUUUGUUUAUAUUCUCUUGAAUUACACAAACAAUUACAUGAAAAUAUAAUUAAGGAAGAUUAAACUAAAAGUUAAUUACCCAAGAGCUUACAAAGGGUUCUGACUUUAGAGGCUCUUGUUCAUACACUGACCAUAGCACGGUGUCUGUGCUGUUUUGAUUUUGUUUUUGUGACAAGAUCUCUUAUGUUAGACAUUGCUAACCCAGACUAACCUCAGACACACAGAGAUCUGCCUGCCUCUGCCUCCCAGUUUCUAGGAUUAACCGUAUGUUCCACCAUGUCUGGGUUUUGUGCUAUUUUUACUUGCUGUAGCCCUCUCUCAUCUCCAAGCUCCUUUUAAACUCUAACAUAGGUAUUUUUCUUCUUCAUAGUUUGCCAUGAACAGGUUAGCUUUCCCCUGUAGAGAGUCAGUGCUCAAAGGCAAAAGCCUUGCUAUUUUAGUUCUCACGGUCCUAAGAGUAUCACACAUCCAUAAAGUACUCAGUAAAUAUUUGAACUCACCAUAGUACCUGGAACUUAAUUCCACCGUUGUUUUAACCUUUUUUUUUUUUCAAAAACAAUCUUU